CUUCACUUAUGACACGAAAUCCGUAUUUUCUCUUCUUGACAUUUACAUCCUGUGGUUUUUAAGGUAAUAUUACGUACCUAUAAAUACGGAGCAAGAUUCAAGCACACUCAAAUAGUUGGACAAGAACUUGGAAAGAAAUUUGAAAAUGAUGUUCAAAGUACUUCUCAUAUUCGCCGCUGUAUGCGCAAGCAGUAUUGAAGCCAAUUAUGGGCAAUGUAAGCUGUACUACAUUAUAUGAACUCUAUAUCUAGUAUUUAAAACACGAGAAGGAGUGUUUUAUCAUACUUACAGGUAAACUACGUGAAGCGUUCCUCUUUUGAGUUCCUAACUCAUUUGGAAUUUUCAAAAUUAGAUUUGCAAAUUUGAAAAACCCUUCGGAAAUCCCUUGAGGGAAUUUGCAAUUUUCCUGUCGGCCCUUGCAAUAUUCCAACGCAAAGAAAGUUCCUUUCAAAUUUUCCUAACUUCCUGUUUUAAUUUCCUAACUUCCUGUUCUGUUCUUAUCGUUUUCAUUGGUGGAUUAUUUCUGUUGGCCAAUUGCAACGCACAGAACAGGACAGGAAGUUAGGAACUUGUAACAGGAAGUUAAGAACUUCUAACAGGAACUGAGGAAAAUUUAUUUUGCUCUUAAGAACAUUGCAAAUUCCCUCAAGGGAUUUGCAAGGGAGUUUUUCAAAUUUGCUAAGGUAAUGACGAAAAUUGCAAUCAACUUAGGAACUCUAAAGAGGAACGCUUCACGUAGUUUACCGUUACCUGUAAAACGCGAGGCGCAACCGAGCGUUUUAGAUAUGAUAAAACGCGAGUUUGGGUGUUUUGAAUAGCUUAAAGUACGACUAUACAAAAAAAUACUAAUUAGAAUGAACAAUGAUAUAACCAUACUAAUUAGGAUGAACAAUUAUAUAACGAAUACUGAUGAAGAUGAGUUUUAUCAGCUAUAAAGUCACUUCACGUGACAUAUUAUGGCUGACAUGAUUUGCCACAAGGAUUAUGAAUUUUUAAUUCCAAUUUUAGAAGCAAUAAUCAUUAAAUUAUUCAUGAUAUUUCUGCGUUAGCGAGGAUCUUAACCUGGUCUUAACUGACUUUAGUUUCGAGAAUAUAUCUAUAUAUAUAUAUAUAUGUAGUAUUCCACACGAGCAUGCAUGCAUUGUCACAUCAAUACAAUUUUCUUUUCUGAAAGAAAAUUUCCUAUAUGACACGCCACGAUUUGUUUCGCUAACAAAUUGGUGCCAGGAAUAGCUUGCACUCGCAUAGGACAAGAGUCUUCAGAUUGUAAAGUCUUUUAUUCAUUCAUUCGUUCAUUCAUUCAUUCAAGAUGAAGCAUAACGAAUUUUAUCCUAUAUACAGAUACUAUGCACUGCCCUUGUGGUUCGCAUAAAAUUUUAAAUGGCUGUUAUACGUUUAUGAAGAACAAGGUCACUUGGGACAAAGCUCGCGCAGAUUGUUUGAAACGUGGUGGAGAUCUAGUCAUUCCUACCAGCAACACAGAAUGCGAUCUUCUCAGUCAACGUGCUAAUACCCUUGGAAUGAAUGCUCCGUGGAUUGGUGCCUCCAGGUAUCUCAAUUAUACAUGCUGUAUAAGAAAGUGUUAUCUAACUUUGAUGGGUAUAGUGUAGAUGAAAAUUACAGAGUGUAAAUUUAUAUACAUUUAUUAGACUUAACCAGAAACAGAAGCUGAAAAGUGGAACUUUAGGUCCCUGGCUGCAGGAAUUGAACGUGCGGCCAUGCAUGCGAUUCCGGUGCAGCGCUCUAACCAUGCAACUGAGCUACAGAGGUCAGUUUUCAAGCUCUAACGACAAGUUCGUUUAUAACUAAGGUACUGCCAUGUAUAGGUUAUAAUGCAUGGGUAUAAAUAUCAAGAUUUUUGUUACAUCUCACUCGAAUGAAUAGUAUUAGAUGUGUAUUGUAGAUGGACUUUUGUCAAGUGGAAAUUUAUAUACAUUUAUUAGACCUUACCAGGAACAAUAAGCGAAAAAUGCAACUUUAGGUUCCUGGCAGGAAUUGAACCUGCGGCACUGCGAUUCCGGUGCACUGCAUAGCAAUCUAACUUUAACAUUUUAUUGUAUACGGUUGUACAAAUCAAGCACACCUACAACAACGUAGCCGAGUUGUUCUAGUUGUGUGCUUAAUUUACGCACUGCAACUCCUAUACUGUCGCAAGCAUGCGACAGUCAGUAGAAAAAAAGGUUCUGUAGUGGAAAUUAAGUGCAUGCUUUUCAACCAUUCGAAAUUUAGUAUUAAUACUGUAUGUCAUGAAAAUAAUGGUAUAAAAAUCAUUGAUAAUUGUAUUUUUGCAAGAAGUUUUCUUUUUUUUGCAGACGACGACAAGAUGCGAAAUUCUAUAAUACCUGUGGAAAAGCAUUAAGUUUCAAACGCUGGAAUUCGGGGGAGCCAAAUAAUCAUUCGAACAAUGAAAACUGUGCCCAUAUGUAUUCGCAUGGCUCAGGAAAAGGAAAAUGGAAUGACGUCAAUUGUAUCCGCCCCUAUGGAUACAUUUGCCAAUUUAAAGCACACAGAUGUGAGUUUUAACAAACAAGCCGCUCUAUUAAGCGUUAAGGUUCUUUUCCACUUAUCGCAAAAACAGCUCGCAGUGAGCAUGCGAGUCCUCGCGAGCUCGCUGGUUAAUUUCCACACUUCGUCAUUUCGGGUGACUAAUUUACGUUUUUGCAAAAUGGCGGCCGCUUUAAUUCGGCGCCUUUUGCUCUUACUUUAUUUAAGACGAUGUAGGAGAGGACGUCUCAAGUAUUUAAAACGUGAGGGUGAUAAAUAAAUAUGAUAAAUAUGAUAAAUAUAAUGUUUAACUGAUAUUUUCAACGAAUUCCAUUGGCUACUGGUCUUCUUUGUUCGCGCGAUCAGAAAAUAUUGUUGAAAUUAUUUAACAUCGCUGCGAGUGUUUGCAAGCUCGCCGCGAGCUGUUUUUGCGAUGAGUGGAAAAGAGCCCUUAAGGUCCAUACGGAGCCUUAGAGCCUUUAAGAAUAGAGCCUUUAAGGCGGACACGAUUUGGCUACGCGACGAGAAUUUUCAAUUCUCAAUGACAUUUAACUUUAAUAUUUUUCAGUGUUUUUCAAAUAUUCGGACCACUUAAGCAAUUUUAGCUAUUCGGUCUAAAUCCCGUUGACGGUUUUAUUUGAUUUUGAAAACUGACAGAACAUUCGCGUCGCGUUGCCGAAUCGCGUCCGGUCUGUGUGGACCUUUAUAUCGCUGGGACUAAUGCCAUGAAAAUUGAAAGCUUUGCGUUUUACACACAGAGCUGUGUGAGAUGCCAGCGGCGGAAAGUUAAAAUAUUCGGGACUUAGAGUUGAGUUUCCAUUGACAGUAUUGUCUACUGAGUCAUUUUUGAAAAGCAUUAUAGUGUAAUACAGGCGCUCGAGGUCAACGUACUUUUUAUUGUCAUAUUGAUUUCAAAUACCUCAAUAUUUAAACAAAUUUUCUUACUCUGUUGUCGUGUCUGAAUAAUGAUAUAUAUUUUUUCAAAGGUGAUUAAAGCAGCAAAACUGAAAUAAAGUCAUGAAACAUAGCUACUGUAGUAGUAGUAUGGUAUAACUUGUAGGCUAUGUGCUGUAGUAAUUCAGAUAUUGUGCAGAAAAGAUGUCAUUUUUUGUAAAAAUACCCGAUUAAAUGUUUAGUUUGACAA